GUUAAGUCUAACCUCCCAACCCCCACUCGUAUCAGUCAAUUAUCUGUCAAUCAACCACAGAUAACCAUGGCCAAAUCCAAGGCUGCCAAGCGCAAGCGCAAUGCGCAAGCCGACCUCCCACAAAAAGUCCCAAAGGCCGCUCCUACGUUGACACCGCCUCCCGAUGGCGAGCCCAAGCACCUCAAAACGGUCGUCCCAGACGAGGACCUCGAAAUUACGAUCGAGACACUCACGGCUCUCGCACAAUACCCAAGCCUAACCAAGUCGAAGGCAUGCAAGGACCUGCGAGCCGCGGUCUAUGACUUCCGUCAGGCCUGCACUACGGGCGUCAACGCUGCUGAGGGCGCAAACUUAACGGCACGAAUCACCGGUGCUCUUGCUGACGAGAAAUAUAUUGACGCCCAGAUCCUGCUCGCCGAGAUGAGAAUUAGGGGUGAACAACCCAAGAUCGGAGCCUUGUGUCGCUGGGUGCGGGAUCUGGACGUCGUCAGCGGCCUCUCAACGCAACCCGACGCUAUUGAUCGUGUUCCCCUUGAACGCAGCGCAAAGGACCUACAACUUCUCCGCGUCCUCGAUGCCAUCUUGCGUGUCAGCACUCCGAUUGACACCAACCCGAAUGCCGUCGACUCCACCUCUCCCAUUGCCUUCCAGUCCAUCUGGGACCUCCGGCCCUCGACGGCACCACUCCCUGUCUACGCCUCAGUCCUUGACAAGUCCAUUCUAGCUGACGCACCCAAGUCACCAUCUGCCCUCCGCGUCAUCGAAACAACCCCCGGCCCCCUCCGCAAACCUCCCAACCACCAUCCCGCCAUCCUCUACACCUCCGCCCCGAACGCCGUACCGCUGGCCCCCGUCGGGCCAACCAUAACAUACCAUCCACAUCCCGCUGUGCCAGGUCUUGGCCUUGCCCUGAAUGUCCUCUCCCCCGCCGAGUGCAAGGCAAUUAUUGCGGCCGGUGAAUCCGUCAAUUUUCUGCCCGACGCACCCCUCCGCGAAGAUGGCGACAUGAGCAUCCUAGCCCACAACUUCUAUUGGGUUGUCGACACCACUUUCCAUGACAUGCUCUGGGCGCGAAUGUCCCGUUACGUACCUCAGUCGAUCAAUGGCCGCCUAGCUCGAGGUAUCAAUCGACGCUUCCGUGUAUAUCGAUACGUCCCCGGCGCCGAGUACCGCUGCCACAUUGACGGAGCUUGGCCGCCGUCAGGCAUCCUCCCCGAUGACACGUAUGUGUAUGACGCGUCGCCGGAGGACAAGAAGCAGAGCUCUAUGUAUACCUUCCUGCUGUAUCUGAAUGAUGAGUUCGAGGGCGGUGAGACGACGUUCUUUAUGCCAGCUGCGCGAGAGGGGACCCUCAAUGCAUACCCGGUGCGACCUGUCAUGGGAGCCGUUGCGAUCUUCCCGCACGGAGAGGCCAAUGGUGCCUUGUUACAUGAGGGAACUGGGGUAAGGAAGGGUGCGAAGUAUAUUAUCAGGACGGACGUAGAGUAUGAUGUUAAGCCUUGCGAAGAGUAAUUAUGAAGAUUCACAGAGUCGUAGUUACAUAUCACGCCGAUAAAUAAAAGUGGGUCCAUCGAUACUGGCUAGGCUUCAUUAGGUAUGGUGUAGUACUAUCAUCUUAUUUUACCGACACCUUGGC